AUGGCGAGUGAAAAUGAGGACGGCGAUGUUGUAUACGGUGAGUCCUUCGACAAGGUAAAGAUGAGGUUCAGAGAUCGGUCCAAGGUGACUCAUCUAUGUGGAGUUCUUGGAUUUGGAGCAUUUUGCUUUAUUUUGGGUGCAAGGCCUCAAGAUGUUCUCUAUGUGUAUUGCGUGACAUAUAUCACGUUUGUUCCCCUUCGUUGGAUAUACUAUCGUUAUAAGAAAUGGCAUUACUAUCUUUUGGACUUUUGCUACUAUGCGAAUACUAUAUCCUUGGUCAUGCUUCUAUUCUACCCAACGCAUGAAAGGCUCUUUAUGGUUUGCUUCUCAUUUGCUGAAGGGCCAUUAGCAUGGGCGUUAAUUGUCUGGCGUUGUAGCUUAGUCUUCAGUUCUGUUGAUAAGCUCAUAAGCGUGCUUAUACAUCUCUUACCUGGGUUGGUUUUCUUUAUAAAUCGAUGGUGGAAUCCAUCAUUCUUGGAAGCAAUGCAGUCAGUGGAAACUUCCCAAAGAGCUUCAUGGCCUUAUGUAGAGGGUCAAGCAUACUUGUGGACAUGGCUAUUUCUGGUACCACUUGCUGCUUACAGCUUGUGGCAGCUUCUCUACUUUCUCAUAGUAAAUGUCCUACGCAGACAACGUUUCUUAAGAGAUCCCGAAGUCAUGACUUCCUACAGGGAACUAUCAAAGAAGGCAAAGAAAGCGAACAACAUGUGGUGGAGGUUAAGCGGUUUGCUCGGGGAUCAGAACCGAAUGCUAAUGUACAUCAUGCUUCAAGCAAUGUUCACAGUGGCAACAAUGGCACUUACAGUCCCCAUAUUCAUGUCAUAUAGAUUGCAUGUCAUAUUCCAAAUACUGAAGGUAUCUGCAUCCAUAUGGAACGGUGGAAGCUUCUUGAUUGAUGUAAUGCCCAAACAGGUUAUUCUAAAAGAGAAGAAGAAAACUCAAAUGCAGCCAAUGGAUAUUCGAGAUGAUCCAUCACAGAAUCAGGUAGUCGUCGAAACUACUACUACUACCACUAUAAUAGAUGAUCAAACGCAAGAAAAACGCAAAGAUGCCGAAUAA